CUAAAGAGAAUCAAAAAGAGAAGAAUCCAAGAAAUGGGAUCUCCAGCGAAGAAGACGACUCUGCAACGUUACUUGUCUCAACUUCAGCAACAUCCUCUUAGAACAAAGGCUAUUACAGCUGGAGUUUUGUCUGGUGUUAGUGAUGUUGUUUCGCAGAAACUCUCUGGGAUACAGAAGAUUCAGCUGAGAAGGGUUCUUCUCAAAAUGAUAUUUGCGGGUGGAUUUCUCGGACCAGUAGGGCAUUUCUUUCAUACAACUCUAGAUAAGAUUUUUCAAGGGAAGAAGGACACAAAGACUGUUGCAAAGAAGGUAAUCGUGGAACAACUGACACUGUCACCAUUGAACCAUUUGCUUUUCAUGAUCUAUUAUGGAGUAGUCAUUGAAAGAACUCCUUGGAAUCUUGUUAGAGACAGGAUCAAGAAGACUUACCCUACAGUCCAGCUUACAGCAUGGACGUUUUUCCCCAUUGUGGGAUGGGUAAAUUACAAGUAUGUGCCACUGCACUUCCGGGUCAUCUUGCACAGCCUCGUUGCAUUCUUCUGGGGAAUCUUCCUGACCCUGCGAGCAAGGUCAAUGACACUAGCUUUGGCAAAGGCUAAGUGAUCAGGGAAACACAUCAAGCAAGUACUAGCUAUAUGAUCUUUGUUUUUUUUCUGUAAGUUAAAAAGCAUGUCUAAAAAGUAAAUGAAAAAGGGUGAAACCGAAUAAGAAUAUGUAUUAAGAUGAUAAUAACAAUGGUUUCAAGUUAUUACAAACAUUUGUUCAAAACA